AUGGUCGCUUACUCCUCUCUUGUGCUCCUUGGAGCUUCGGCCGCGGUUGCCAACCCCAUCUUUCCCCGCCAGGCUGCUGCCUCAAGUGCCCCUGUGGCAGCUGUUGCCCCGGCAAGCACCGCUUGGGACGCGGGUGCCGUGAAUGAGUACCCCAUUCACGCCUCUUGCAACGCUACCCAGAAGGCCUACAUCAAGAAGGGUCUGCAAGAGACCGAGACCAUCGCCAGACAUGCCCGCGACCACAUCCUGCGCUGGGGCAACUCGUCCGCAAUCUACAAGAAGUACUUUGGAGAUGCUGCCACUGGCGAGCCUGCUGGUUGGUUCGCCAAGAUCGCCGACGGUGACAAGGCUGGUGUAGUAUUCCGCUGUGACGACCCUGACCAGAACUGCGCUACUCAAAAAGGAUGGGCCGGUCACUGGCGUGGUGCCAACGCGUCAUCCGAGACUGUCAUCUGUGACGUUUCCUAUGAGACCCGUCGUUCUCUCGAGGGCCUCUGUGGAUUUGGCUGGACUGUCGCGACCGGUGCAACAAACUUCUACUGGGCAGGCGAUCUUCUCCAUCGCCUGCUUCACAUUCCCAAGGUAGGCGAGGGCGUUGUCGAGCACUACAGCGUAGGCAAGUACCCAGGCGUGCUUGAGUUGGCCAAGGAGAACUCAACAUACGCCGUGCGUGACUCGGACACCCUCCAGUACUUCGCCCUUGAGGCCUACGCCCAGGAUAUUGCCGUUCCCGGUGUUGGAUGCGCCGGCAAGUACACUGCCACCUCUUCCUCAGCCGCCGCUGCUUCGACGUCUCGCGCUGCUUCAGUCAGUGCUGCGCCCGCCAGCGCUUCCGCCACGCCCACUCGUGCUGCUGCCACAUCUGCGGCCGCCACCUCUACCAAGCCUGCUCAGGCUGCUCAGUCCUGCACUCCCCACGAUGACCACUGGCACUGCCCUCCCGGCGUCCCCGAGCCAGCUGGCCCCCCUGCUUAGAGUGGUGGGUGACGAAAAGUUUGGUUCUAGCCUCUGAAUCCGCGCCCAUGGUUGGGAAUCGUGGCCCAGAGUGCUGGUCCGUCACGAUAUUCAUGUUUAUAGACCCUAAUGAUAAUUACGAUCAUUCUCCA